GAGGCUGGGCUGCUGCAGUGCCCCGUCGGGGAUCAGCCUCAGCCAAAGGCAUCCAAGGCACGGAGCAGCCCUCCUCCCUGGGCAGACGCAGCCCUCUCUCCUGGCCAGCCCCAGCCCUUUGCUGCAGCCCUUAGAGGAAGCCACCGAGAGAGCCCCCCUCGCCCCCGGCAAAGAUGCCUCUGGCCGCACGCGGGGCUGCCCUCCUCCUCCUCGCAGCUCAAGUAAUUUCACUUCCAGUAACAAAUCCGACAACUCAAGAUGAUGCCAAGGUGAUGAAAUGCAUUGCCGAGGUCAUUUCCGAUACAGUGUCAAAACCAAAUCCACUCCCAAUCAGCCAGGAAUGCCUAGACAUUCUUCAAGGAGAUGAAAGAAUCCGUUCCAUUCUUCGUCAUCAAAACUUACUAAAGGAACUUCAGGAAAUUGCACUCCAAGGAGCAAAUGAAAGGACAGAGCAGCAGAAGAAAAGCCAUGGCUUCGAAGAUGAGCUUUCUGAAGUCCUUGAAACCCAAAGCGAGGGGAACACAGAAAGAGAGCUGUCUGAGGGCUCUCCCAGUGAGGAUCCUAUUGCCUCCUUGGCUGAGCUGGAAGAGGCAGAGAGGAGUCAAAAGAACAGUGAACGGGGUGUUUCAAAAGAGGAGGCAAGAAACAGCUUGGAGGAAAGAGAGCCCAGGACUCAAGACUUUGAGACUGAAGAUGACAAGGAGAACACCACAGGAUUUGAGAGCAAUGAGGUUGGUGAGGGUGAAGAAUUGCCCUGGGAUGACACGGCUGUAGACAACAACAUCCACACUGAUGUCCGAGAUGAUGAGCCACCUGAGCAGAGGCGUGGAGAGGAUGAAGAUGUCCUAGGAACAGAUGAAUUUGAGAAUGAGAAGGAGCAUGCUUCCAGACACAGCCAAGAGGAAAGCAAAGAGGAGAGAGAGGACAGUGUCAGAGACCGGGCUGAGGAAGAGGAAGAAGAGGAGGACCAGGAGGAAGAGGAGGAGGAGGAAGAGGAAAAGGAAGAUGAUGAAGAGGUGGAGGAUGAGAAAGAAAGAAGCACCUCUGAAGAAGAACAUCCUACCAGUUUAGAAGAUAUGGAGGAUCAAAGAGAGGAUGAUAACCAAGACACUAAGGGAUUUGCAGAGGAUGAAAAGGCUGCAGAAGAAAAAGAGAGAUACCACCAUGUGAAAGGAGGAAGGCAUCACCCUCUUGAUGAAGCAAAGCAGGGUGAAGAUGCCUCCCAUGCCAGGGAUAUUGUAAGUGAAGAAGUAGAAGAGAACUCUAGAGAUUUAGAAGAUGCCAAAAGAUGGAACAAGAUGGAUGAGCUGGCCAAGCAACUGACCACAACAAAGCGUGCAGAAGAAACUGAAAGCAAUGAAGAAGACCCAGACAGGUCUAUGAAACUGGCUCUUAGGGCCCACAAGUAUGAUUUCCGUAAUUCUGAAGAAAACGAAAGGAGACCACAGAAGCAUCAUUCAAAGGAGGAGAACAGUGAAAGAGUCUUUCCUCUUGUUGCCAUGCCUGAAGAAAAGAAGGAUGAAGAAGGAAGUGCUAACAGGAAAACAGAGGACCAAGAGCUGGAAAGUCUGGCUGCCAUAGAAGCAGAACUGGAGAAAGUGGCCCACAAGCUCCAUGCCCUGAGAAGGGGUUGAUGCUUUAACAACACGUGACAUGAGCAAAAAGCCAGAAGUUUUAAUUCACCAUUUUAAACACUACAGUUUAAUUUGAUUUAAUUUUUGAAAGGAGAAUGUAAUAAUGGAGCAGGUGUAUUUUUGCCUAGAAAGCCAGUAUCGCUAGGAAAAAUGGCCACCUCCCUCUGUUUGUAUGUGUGUGGAGUAGUACUGCUCUCCAUCAUCACUUGCUUCUUGUUCGCUUUCAUGUUCGAUUUAUGAGCUAUCGUUUUUUUUCUUGUAACUUUGGCAUUACAGUAUCACAAGCCGUGCGAUUUAUUCAUGAACUCUUCUGUUGAGAAAAAGGGAUUGCUUUCUCACUCCCCCCUUAUUUUCCUUUAUUUUGUUUUGUUCUGUAUUUUUAAAAAUCCAUGACAGCUUUCUAGAAUGUUUUACUUCUCAUAUGACUAGUUUUCCUGGAUAUAAAUAAUAAUAAUAACUUGCAAUAAUUUGUUAAUCUUUUGAUUAAAAGACGAGAAACUCUGACUGUAAUAUAUUCUAUAUAAAAAUUCAGGACAAAAAUAAACACACAACUUUGGGCUCCUUC